UUUCCGUAACGUCAGUUGCUCGCUCGUAUCUCUUUGGCGAAGGGGAAAAUGUCGGUGUGUUGGUGGGGUCUGUUGUGCCACUAGUGACUUUCGCCAUCAAUUUCUCUUUGUAUUUAACAUAUUUUUGAUUCAAGGGUAGAAAACCCAUUAGCGCAGAUCCUGUCCUUGAUAGAAAACAAAACGGAAAGCACCGAAAGGGUGCUCGCGAUAAUAAAAUUUUCUUCGAGAUUUCGUGCGUAUUGUGCGGAUCUUGAAAGGGCAGUGUUUUGUGCGUGGCAGGCAUAGAACGAAAGAAGGCACCAGGCAACAUGACGUCGGUACUCGCAAGUAUAAGCAAAUCCGAAUUUAUCGUCGGUGGCAAGUACAGAUUAAUGAGAAAAAUUGGCUCUGGAUCUUUUGGAGAUAUUUAUCUUGGUAUCAACAUCUCCAAUGGAGAGGAAGUCGCAAUUAAACUUGAAAAUAUUCGUGCUCGCCACCCGCAACUUCUUUACGAGUCCAAAUUAUACAAAAUUCUUCACGGUGGCAUCGGAAUACCCCACAUACGCUGGUAUGGUCAAGAACGUGAAUACAAUGUCUUAGUAAUGGAUCUGUUGGGUCCAUCUCUAGAGGAUCUUUUUACCUUUUGUUCACGAAGGUUCACAAUAAAAACAGUUCUAAUGUUGGCUGAUCAAAUGAUUGGGAGAAUUGAAUUCGUCCACUGCAAACAUUUUAUUCACAGGGAUAUUAAACCCGAUAAUUUCUUGAUGGGUAUUGGACGUCAUUGUAAUAAGCUCUUUUUGAUUGAUUUUGGACUCGCGAAGAAAUACAGGGAUAGUCGCACAAGAUCGCACAUUGCAUACAGAGAAGACAAAAAUUUGACUGGAACAGCAAGGUAUGCUUCCAUUAAUGCACAUGUUGGAAUUGAACAAAGUCGUAGAGACGACAUGGAAUCACUCGGAUACGUACUUAUGUACUUCAAUCGUGGAUCUCUACCUUGGCAAGGACUUAAGGCUGCCACCAAGAAGCAAAAAUACGAAAAAAUCAGUGAAAAAAAGAUGUCCACACCAGUUGAAGUUUUGUGCAAGGGCUUCCCAGCUGAAUUUGCGAUGUACCUGAACUAUACGCGAGGUCUCCGCUUUGAAGAGAGUCCAGAUUAUAUGUACCUACGACAACUGUUUCGUAUUCUAUUCCGCACAUUGAAUCAUCAAUACGAUUAUACGUUUGACUGGACGAUGUUAAAGCAAAAGGCUGCAGUUGCCUCUCUAAAUAGCGGUGCUUCGGCAAGUGGUCACGGGCAGCCUAGUCAGGGCGCUGCUGGACAAGGAACAGUUCAAGGUCAGCAGCCUACUCAAGUAGCCGGACAACCAGGGGCGGCCCGUUAAAUCCUUAAACAUUGAGUGAUAGCACCAAAACUUGAACGCGAUCGCUUUAGUGUCACACUAAUUCAUACUCGACACACCAUUGCAACAUUCGAUGAGUCACAAAUAUCAAGCGAUUCUCUAAGUCCACGAAGAAAGUUGAUCACGAUCGUUAUCAGAAUACAUAAAUUAAAAUUAUAGAAAUCAUUAUUCUCUCUCAUUCGUGUGUGUGUAUCUUCUUUAUACAAAAAAAAAAAAAAAAAAAAAAUAUUGCUUAGAGUAUCGAUUGAUGUCAACUUUUUCGAGUCGAAGAAAAAAAAAGUCAACAAGAACUGACUUUCAAUCAUUUAUCAUCAUUCUUUCUUCAUCAUCGAUUAAUCAUAAAGAAAAAAAAAAAUUAAAAAUCAUUACAAAGUCCAGAUAGCGAUUCAUUUUUACUUGAAAAAAAAAAAUUAUAUAUAUAAACAUUUUUCAUAGAAAGAAAGAGAGACUUUUUGGAAUGUUAAUAUAUUAUAUAUAUAUAAAUACAAGUAUGUUUGGACUAAACGUGAAAUAACAAUUUUUAUAAUUAAUCUCUCGAUUUAGAAAGUGUGAAUUUGUAUAUGAGUGAUAAUGAAGACUCGCAAAAUUUUUAGACCAAUUUUAGGGCAUAUUCGGUUACCUGAUUCUAGAUAAUAAGAAAAAUAGUCUUUCUUUUUUUUUUUUUUUUUUCUAAUAAGGACUAUUAUCUAACAUAAAUAAGGAGCACUCAUAAAGAAUUCUAUCGCUAAAUUACUUUCUUAAUGAAUUUCUAAAUAUCAACAGAACAAAGAGCAAAUUUUAAUAUUGUUAUUGGAAAAAUAAAGUAUAUAGGUAAAAAAAAAAAAUUAUACUGUAGGCUCUCUUUCUCUCUGUGUCUAUUUUUUUUUUGUUAAUAUGUAAAAGAAGAAAAGAAUGAUAUCCGUAUUUCUGUACAGAGAAAUUUUUCUCGGAAUUAAUGGCUCCCUUUUUUUUGUAAAUUUGAGCAUCGAAUACAUUUUCGAUAUUUGAUAAAUGUUCGAUAUUUAAAUUUCUUUCAAAUAUUGUCCCGUUUACAGAAAAAAAAAAAGAACAAAUUGAGUCGUUAAUUCCUGAGUUUAAAUUCAAAAAAUAAUAAAAUGAGGAAUUAUACGUUCCUCGUGUAUUUAAUAAUUUUUGGAAUAUUUUUUUUAUCGUUUAGAUGAUUUUUUUUUCUCUCACCCCUAAUUUUCUUGUAUCUCUUUUUUCAAAAAAAGGCGAUAAAAGAGUCGCAUCGCCGAAAAAUAAAUAAAUAAAAAAAAAAAAUGUAAUGUCUGCAGUUGUCAACUGCAAAUGAAAAAUCGUGAUAUUUCAUAUGCUGCCGGCUGCCGAUGUAGCAUUAAUUAAACCUAUAUAAUUUUAUGCACACUGCGUAUGUACUUUUAGUUUCGUUUUUAGCUACUAAGAUUUUUCAUAUAAUUAAGAAAAUAUAGCCUUUCCUCCUCCCCCCCACGAAUUUUUAUGUUUCGUUUAAAAAAAAAUACCUAAUUAUAAAUAUAUAUAUAUAUUAUUGUAGUUAUAUUAUUUUCGUCGUUUUCAUAUUAGCCUACUUUGUGUACACGUCCGGUAGAUAUAGGGUUACUCUUGAAAUAAUUAAGCAAAUUAAGAGUAACCCGUAAAUAAUCGAAAUGAAAAAAAAAGAAGAUGAAGAGAAAGAGGAAGAAGAAGAAGAUAAAGAAGUGACAGAUGAUAACAAUAUAAUGAGAAUCGAGUAUCGAAAAUAAGUAGGAGGAAAAAAAUCACUGGGAGCUUCUUUAGUAUCUUUACAUUAUUAUUUAAAAUGUGAAAUGGAAGCUUUAAUGACGUUUUCGUUAAAGGUGCAAAAGGCAAUAAAUAAGCCUUGGUUGAAACUCGAAAUUAUUAUACAGAAAUGAGAGGCGAAUAUGUUAGAAGAAAUGAUAAUAAUUUAAAAAAAAAAGGAAAAACAAAGAAAAAGAAAUAAAACUAUUUCUAAACUUGUAAAAUUAUAAUACGGAUAAAAUUGAUUAUUAUAAUAAAUGAGUGUGAAUGCGAAUUUAACUAAUUGGGUGCGAGUAAAUUGUAUUUGAAUUGUUGGACAAAUGAAUAAAUGUGCGAGUAUAUGAUUUGUCUGAUUGUGUAAUAAAAAAAAAAAAAAAAAAAGUUGAGCGAAUAAGUUAAUUAUUAAUUAAUUAAUAAUUAAUACACAUGCACAUUAUAUUAUUCAAUAUGUAUUAUAUUACUAUAAAGGAUGUGACAGCAAUUAAGAUACGCGUUAUUUCAUAAAUACUGAAAAAAAAAAAUUAUUGCUCCCUUUGUCUCUAUAAAUAAAGUCUCAACACAAUAA